GCCUUUUCUUUUGAUAAUGACGCACCAACCUACCCAUUUUAUUCAUCCCAAACAUUGUUAUCAAUUAACCACUAUUUAUCAUCCUACCAAAACCCAAACCCAACUUUCUAUCUCCUCACAACAAAAACUUCUCUAAGAAAAAAGUAUGGCUAAAUUCUCCUUUCCCUUCAUCCUUCUCCUAUCUCUUCUAACCCUAACCUUGUUACUACCCAUAAACCAUGCAUCAUUUGCAAAACCUAUCUCGAAAACCGAGCUCGGGAUCAAAGCAUUAGAUGAUAAGCAAACCCUACUCACAUUCUACUUCCACAACACCCUUAGUGGGCCCAAUCCUUCAUCCCUCCGAAUCGCCCAGGCAAAAUCUACCGAACAAUCAUCGACCAUGUUCGGGAUUUUGGCUAUGGUCGAUAACCCAUUAACCGAGGGCCCCGAAAUCACGUCGAAAUUGGUGGGUAGGGCCCAAGGAAUGCAAGCAUCCGUGGGCCAAACCGAGUCGACGUUAAUGAUGGUUAUGAAUUUGUACUUCUUAGAAGGUGAAUAUAAGGGAAGUACGUUAAGUGUUUUAGGGAGGGAUAUUAUGGGUGAGAGUGUAGGGGAAUUGCCUGUGGUUGGAGGUACUGGUGCCUUUAGAUUUGCUAAGGGUUAUGCUCAGAUUAAAUCUCAGACGUUGGAUCAAAAGAGUGGUGAUUCUAUGAUGCAAUUCAAUGUGAUUGUUAAUCAUGCUUCAAGUAUUGGUAGUGGUACCCAAUCAAGUGAUGGUGCACCCUCACCUACCCAAGUAUAUUUCUUUAAAUUGGUGUCUUUUACAUGUUUGAUUAUGGUUUCUCUUUUCUAUUCAUUUAUUAUUUGAAGGAUAUAUGAUUUUGUAAUUAUGAUUUUGUAGAAACACUUUUUUUUAGUCCAUUUCUUUUGUUUACAA